AUGGCAAUGAAGGAAAUUGUCAUCUUUAUAUCUUGUAUGCUGUGCAGUAUAAGUGAUUCUGUUAAUAUUCACUGUAAAUAUUACGCUGGUUCCUAUGUUUCGGUUGUAAACGUUUAUUCAUGCAAUCUCCUUAAUACUGUCAACAUUAAAUCAAAAGAAUCAGCUUCAAUCGAUUCAGAAACUGGAAAUCAUUCGAAAGGAAAAGGGAAUGCUGAUGUAGGUUGCUUCUACUCAGAAAAUUCGGGUCGUGUUAUUCAAUUUUUCCCGCGUUAUUUGGAAAAUAUUUUCACAAAUUUAAAAUUGAUUGUAAUACGUCAUGGGCGUUUAAAGGAACUUCAGCAAAGUGAUUUACAAUCAUUCUCAAAGCUGGUGCAUCUUGAUUUAGAUGCAAAUGAUAUUGAAAUUCUUGAAGACGGAUUAUUUGCUUAUAAUCCAGAUCUUAUUUAUAUAUGCAUUAAAAGAAAUAGAAUAAUUCACAUUGGGCAACAAGUUUUUGAGGAUUUAAAUAAAUUAGCUUGGUUGAAUCUAGAAUCAAAUAAAUGCAUCAAUAUUAGAGCUGAUUCUAACCAAACAGAUGUAAAAAAAGUCACGCAUCAAGUAAAACUUAAAUGUUUAGGAUUUACUGGAAUUGAAAAGAACCUUCAAAUGUUGGAAAACUCACUGCUUUGUGUCAAUCCUGAAACAUUGCCAAUUUUUGAUCAAAAACUUCAAAAUCUGCAAAUUAGAUUUCAAAAUUCUUCAGUUUCACAUUACAUGCCAAUCAAGGAACGAUUUCAAGACAUUAUAAGCUGGAAAUCCAAACUUUUCUUGUCUGUUAAUGAAAGAAUCUCCAUUAUCGAAACAUCUGCAAUGAAUUCCACAUCUGAGAUUCUUAUUCAAAUGAAAAGUUUAAAGACUGAAUUGAAUGAUAACUUAAUGAGAUUGGGAAAGGAAAUGAGUUUUAAGAUCACAGAGCUUGAAAGCUCUUUUGUUAAUCUUAGUUCAGUUGCAAGAAACUCAAGUCAAACUGCUGAAAAGUCCUUAGAAAAUGGAUCAUCCAUAAAUGACAAUAUUGAGAUCCUAGAUAAAUCUUUGAAUGCAAAAAUUGUAAAAAUGACUGAAAUCUUAACAAAAUCCAUAAAUGACAGGAUCACGGGAUAUGAGACAAUCUGGUUUAAAGCUUUAGAAUUAAAAAAAGACAACUUCAUAACUCUGGAUUUUUCAAGAUAUUGCAUGAUUGGAUUCUGUUUGAUAUUAUCUUUCGUAAAUAUUGUGCUGAUCAUUUUUAAUUUUAUCUAA